AAACUGAAGUUUUUGCCCCAUCAGGAGACCAUUGCCAACAGUGAUCCUCGGCCACUGCACUCAGCCGAAGUCCUGGCAAAGAGCAACCGAGCAGAAACCAGGCCAGCAACAGAAACCCUGUGGACUGGGAACCCUGGCACAACUGAAGCUUCAGAGGCAGAGGGGGUUAUCCAGGACAAUGCUGUACGGAUUUUUGUCGCCCUCUUUGCGUAUGACCCUGCCAGCAUGUCUCCAAACCCCGACGCUGCAGAAGAGGAACUGCCGUUCAAAGAAGGACAGAUAAUAAAGAUCCAUGGUGAUAAAGACUCAGACGGAUUUUACCACGGAGAGUCCAGGGGUCGAUUUGGCUAUGUCCCCUGCAACAUGGUGUCUGAAAUCCAGGUGGAGGAUGAAGAAACCAUGGAGCAGCUGCUUCAGCAGGGCUACCUCUCAGCUGACGCCUCUGUGGAAAACAUAGGCACUCGUUCACAUGCUCAGCUUCCGCGCCGGCCCGUUCCGCCGCCGAAACCGAGGCGAUCCAAGAAAGUUAACUCUGCUGGUGUCUGGGAGGAAAAUGUAAACUCACAUAGAGAGCGCGUCCGACCCAGUAGUGGGUCUCGUGGGGCUCGUCCUCGGAGGAUGGUCGCUGUCUUCGACUAUGAUCCGCGGGAGAGCUCCCCAAAUGUGGACAUUGAGGCUGAGCUGACCUUCAGUGCCGGCGAUGUCAUCCUUGUGUUUGGAGAGAUGGACGAUGACGGAUUCUUUUAUGGAGACCUAAAUGGACAGCAAGGGUUGGCACCGUCUAACUUUCUGCAAGCCUUACCCGAGAAUGAUGUGGAGGCUGCUGGGGGAGUUUCAGAAGAGAAAGUGCUGCCAGCGGAAAGCAGAAGAGAGUCACAGGUGAGUCUGGAGGGUUCUGAAGAGCAGAAUGACUCCGCAGUAACCUCGUUUGAAGAACCCUUCACUCCAUGUACCACGGUUAGCAUCACGGCUCCUCCACAAGUUCAGGUCCCAACUCCACAGAGCCCCGGCCAAAGUGACACGUCACCCCCUGGAAAGAAGAAAAGGGGCUUCUUCUCCAAAGGAAAAAAACUUUUUAAAAAACUGGGAUCGAGCAAGAAAGAGUGAAAUCAAGUCUGUUUUAAUUUUAUAGGGCUGACUCUAUUUUUAGGGUUAGCUUUCUGUUCUUACUUUAGAAGUAAAAAAUUAAUCGCUUGAGAAACUCAAGGCAAGGACACUUGUUUAUCACGGAGACGCAGCAUUUCCAGAAACGUUUCGCUUGUGUUCAAAUUCUAGCGAUCGCAACAGACACAUUUCGUUUUGCAUAAAAUGUGAAAGCUGCAGGCUAUGGGAAUACAGCAGAAGCUGGAAUGCGUUUUUCUUUGUACUCUGUUAUUUAAAGAAUGGCCAGCUGUAUGCCUUAGAAUGAUUUAAUGGUGCACCUUGACAAAAGAUUGCUUCGGAAUUUGGUUGCAUUGUGAAUUGUACAAAUAACAAGCUUUAUGAGAAGUAUAUGGCUGUGAACUCUGAGAACAGUGACAUGUCAACCAUGCCCAAAACACAAACACCAGCUUGGCCUGAUGAUGGUGAUGAUGGUCUUUUUUUUUAUUAUAAACAUAUAUGUGGAUGAAAACGGAAACAAACUGGGAUUUUACAUAACUCGGUAACUCUGUAUUACAAAUAUGACAAGUAUGUUUAAUUGUUGAUUCACUUGUACAUAUUUUUAUAUAUGUUACUUUAAAAGUUAGAAUCUGGUAAAUCAUAAGUUUUAACUGUAACUGUCAACAAUUACCAAGCAAGGUGGUAAAGGUCUAGAGUUAUGAGGAAAUAUAUUGCUUUACCGGUAAAUGUCUGAAAAUCUUAUAAUUUAUCGAAGCCUAUUGGUAAAUGUCUGUAAACAAAUAUAUUGCUUUUUGGACAGUUAGAGAAGCUUAUUGGUAAAGACACUUGGUUAUUCUUGAUUUACCUUGUCUGAAAUAAAG